AAGGUCCAGAAAUGAUCAAAAAUGACUAAAAAGCUCUAUCUGUUAGAGAACAUUAGCCGUUCAGCCGAGGUUCUGAGGAAACGGAUAUAAGCUACUCAGUGCUAGACCGGUCGUAUACAAAAAGCCGCAAGGUUAGGAAGAAGAAACCUAAGGUCGUGAUUAAAGCUCCUAGUGGAAAAGAAUCCGAACAAGGGGAUGAGAUCGAUAAUAAAUUAGCUAAAGAGAAAGUUAUGGUCCCUGAAGUUACUUUUAAGAGGAAGAAGUCUCACCAGGGGUAAAUAAAUUCAAUAAGAGAAUAACCAAAAAUUUGGAUACCAAGCUCUCUUCGAGAGGCCAAAAUUAUAAUCCUGUAGUAGAGAAAUCAGCCGAUGCUUCAAGUAGUCAUUUCUAUCUUGAAGACCCUUGUAUAAAAUAAAAGAGAAGAAAGCCUCGAACAAAUUGAUAGUAGCCGAUCCUCUGAGUCUAAGGAAGUCACUUUGAGGAGCAUAUUUAAAAGCACUUGUAAUAUGAAAUUUAAUAACUAUACCAAACAUAGUAGUUCUAAGCUUUCCAGUUACCAGAGGAAAGGAUCGAUAAUGUCUGAAGCUAAAAAUCCUCCAGAGGGUUCCAAACUCGAGCAAAACCUAGCAGAUUUUCGGCUAAAUAAAGCCAAAUUCUUGGGAAAUGACUCUUCCGAUAAAGAUCUUGAAGGUUCGUUAGAAUUUAAUACUAAUCAGAUUAUUUUCCAGACUGCUAAUGGACGACGUGUGCGAAACAAACAAUUAGAAUUAGGCUGUAAUAGGAACAUGAAUAUGUCAGUGGAGCUAUACAAAGACCUAAAUGGUCAUACUCCUUCUGAAAGUUGUCCUUAUCAGCCUUUUUACAGCCCAAAAGGGUUUAACAAGCAAACCAAGAAGUGGCUCAGGAAGGGGAAGAUUUAUGAAAGCAAGCAGCAGAAGAAUUUGUUGAAACAGAAUAUUGAAGGUGGAGAAUACAGAGAAAAAUGUUUAGGCGUUCUUGGUACAAAGUUGACCAUUGCUGACAAUAAGUAUCGUGCGAAUUCGAGAUUUAUGAAAAGUCAGGAAGAAAAUUCCUUAAAAUUUACAAAACAGAAGGACUGAAAGGCUAGCAAAGAUUUUGUGGGUAGCUUAAAGCCUAGGAAAAAGAGCCUGCUGCCACAAAUAAAGUCAUCGAUCAAAAAUCUCAACUUUAGUGCUGAUAUUAGUUUGAAUAAUGAAAACAAGAUGGUUCCUUAUUCAAAGAAGUCAUUUCAAUCAAAGCUUCGGAUGCCGAAUAAGUCCAAGAACCGAAGGAUGUAUAGUAUUAAUGACUACGAGCCCAAGGAUCAACAGAACUGUAGGCAUUAUUCUCGGAAUCGUUUUUCCCAUAUGAACCGUAAAGCAUUCUCCUUCUCACCAAUUUUCUAGGCUUCUAACCCAGAAUGGCAAGUAUAAC